CUGACAAGUCGGAGCAACUUUUUUACCAGACAGUAAGUGGCCCAAAAACUCAAUUUACAGUUCUUUAACAGCAGAACCGUCGAAUGAUUCACAGAAAGAGCUGUUGAAACGAAUUGCUGAACUCGAAUCACAUCUUGAUGAAGCAAAGAGUCAACAAACGUUCCUGAUGAAUGAGUUGGAAAGUAAGCUAACUUUUUUAUUUAGGUGGAAAAAGAUUUACAUGGAAAUCUAUGCAGAAUUGGAGAAAACGCGAAAUAUGCUUUUGGUACAACAUAACAUCAAUCAGCAACACGUCGAUGAAAUAAAACUCUUGAACACAAACUCCGAACACAACAAGGCUCUGUAUGAGCAAAAGCUAUCUGAAAUGUCAGAAGAAAUAGAACAGCAAAAAAACCAAAUUCAAACUCUUGAAAGACAGUUGAUGAUGAUCGCCCAUACGGGACAAAUGCCCUCCACUGUAAUUCAGCUGAUAUUUAAUAGCAAAAUAAAUUUAUCAUGCUUAAAACACUUGGGAACGCUACAACCAAAUUUGUUCUUCUCAAUUGAAUUUUUUGAUUUCGAAUUGCAAACUACUCCAACAUUUUUUGGCCCAGAGAAGGAACUAAAUUUUUCUACAAUAUACGAUAUUGUUGUUUCAAAUCUAUUUAUUCAUUAUAUACAUACGGUAAACAGUUCCGCUUUGCUAAAAACUUAUUUUAAACAGUGUUUCUCAAAGAAGGUGAUGAAAAAGUUUUGA